UUUUUCCUUUUCUCCUCAGGUUGACAUCUUAAUUACAAUCUGCGAAAUCCGAAAAGACAAUGAAUACUUUGAAGCUACCGUUUUGGUGUGCUAAAUUUCUUGUUGCUCAAAAUUUUUUCCUUUUUAAAAGCAAAUUCAACAGGUAUACUUGCUGGAGUGGUUAUGAAAAUGUUUUUCCAGCUUGUUGAGUAAACAAGAACUCUGGGCCAAGGGGGAAACCAGUGAAGGUUUUCUCUUGCAUGAAGUAGUUCAGCAUCAUUCUCUCAUUUCACAUUCCACAUUUUUGAGGAGAAAGCCGUUAUUUUGCAUCUUACUGAACAUCCGUUGUGACUGAGCGCAUUGAAGGCACAGGUUUCCCUAAUAAUCAUGAGUCCUACUAUGUACGAAGAAGACUUAGAUGACUUCAGGUUUGAUCAUCCAUGCUGCGACGAAAGCUUAGAUUAUCGCUAUGGGCACGAAGUUUUCCGGCUUGGCAGUGAAGAAUGGCGCUUCGAAGAUAAGAAAUUUCAUCCAUGGUCAUGGUCAGAAAUGUCCUUUUCGAACAAGGUCAAUCGUCUGUGUCUUCUUCAUCACAGUCAGGAUGACCCUGGCUUGACAGACAAUGGGAAAAGUGAAGAUGUUGCCCGUGAGCAUCUGAAAAUUUGUUUUCACGUAUUGAACCAGGACCCGUUAAAUGUUGAGGAAGGAUUUCGCCAUGCCAACAAUGCGCUGAAUUGGGUUCCACAAAAAAAUGGAAAGUUUUUGAAACCUUCCGAUAAGCGACCUCGUGAAACCGAAGAAACACGUCUCAAGUGGGUCCCAGAUUUUGGGGCUGUAACCCUGGCCGCAGCGUUUGUAGCCAGGGCUGAAUUGUUUUGGAGGGUUGGAAUGACCCAAAAUGCCAGGAAAGAUUAUUAUGAAGCUCGUUGCGCUCUGGUGUCGAAGAACAAUGGCGAUGACGUAGCACUGAUAGAAGACACCAUAGUUAUGAUGCAGUUCAAAGAAGAAAUUGACGCCUACUGCUACAUCACAGUCGCCUCCUGGAUACAGAUUUUGCAAGACAACUAUUCUGUGGCUCUCAAGAACAUCUCUUCUGCUCAGAAGUGGGCAAAAAUUUCCAAAUCUCCCAAUCUACGCUACAUCCAGGAAUGGGAGAAAAUCACGAACGAAAUUCAGCGGGUUGCUGAAGAUGAACACUUAAGCCUCACCGAUAUCGAAGAAGGAGCUCGUGUCAAAAUACAGGAUUUGGCUUGUUUGAGCUGGAGGGAACACCCUUUGGUAGAAAGCGAUCCAAAGUAUGCGGUGAAUUUCAUCGAUAUAAUAAAUGAACAGUACGAUGAUAUUACGGGAGGAUCUGAAUAUGACAUGUUACACUCGGCAGUGGAUGUGAGGUAUUCUUCCAAGAAAGGACGACACCUUGUGGCCAAGCGAAACAUUCCAGCUGGAGCCAUUUUGGUGUAUGAAGCACCAUUCUUUGCCUUGGUGGAUCCCAGCCGAAUGCUCGAGUUCUGUCAUCGUUGCAAGAAGAGGCUUGGUUUCUCCCAAGCUCAUUGUCCCACUUGUGUUUAUACGCGGUAUUGUGAUUCUUACUGCAAAUCCCAAGAUUACUAUCACCCCUACGAAUGCCAAUACAUGGGUUAUUUUCGAAGCAGAGGAGACCUGGACCUGGAAUUUGCGGGAAGGCUGACGGAGCUGUAUCUGGACAUCAUGGCCAUUCCAAAAACCUAUUACCAGAAUUAUCGCUCGCGUGAGCUUGAUAGAUGUCACGAUGCUGUUGAGACUGCAGUCCUUAUGGGAUCCGCAGGCAGGGACAAGCCUGAGUCGCCGCUUAUGACCAGACUCCGCGCCAAAAUAAUUUUUCAUUUAAAAUGCAAUUUGGCGGGUUACAAGUUUCAACUCCCGCAAACCGAAUUUGUUCCAGGUAAAGUGUCCGGAAAAACGGAUUCCUUUGGAACCGCUCUGUUGAACUAUGGCAUGCUUUUCAACCAUUCCUGCACUUACGGAUGCACUUGGGAUUUUGUGAGUGGAAAAUUUGUUUUCCGAACAUUGGUACCUUUCUCAUGCGGAGAAGAGCUUACGAUCAAUUGCGGGGUCAACUUCACGACGGAUGUGCGGGAGGAACGGAAAUUUUUUAAUGAUGAUGGGAUAACCGAAUUCACGUGUGAAUGUGAAGCCUGUUGUGAGAACUGGCCGCUGGUUCAAUUCCAAAGUUUGCAUCAAUACUUCGAUUUGAGCAUUUGCCCUUCGUGUAAAUCAAAUGCAGUUUCUGGAUCAACUUGUGACGAUUGUAAAGCUGAUCUUGUUCCAGAGCAGAAGAAGUUGAAGGACCUUUCUCUCGUCGCAGAGGAUGCUGUGAAACUGCUACAGGAUUUCAGAAUUACGGACGCUGAAAAGUUGUUAGUGGAUGCAAUCAAUGCUGGAAAAAUGAAGGCCAAAAGUGGAGCUAAUCACGAAAUCUUCCUGGUGAAGUUACUUCGUCGCUGCUGGGCCUUGCAAGGAUGCGUUUCUGUCCUGAAGCCAGAAGAAAUGGACAAAAAUUUUGAUUAUGACACAUUGUGACUUGCUGGAAAAUGAAGCGCCGACGUGUGCCGUGUAAUUGGAAAAAACUCAGCCAUUCUCGGAUUUAUUCCGCGGCAGAUGUCACUCAGUAAUUUUCCAGCCAGUUUGCAAAAUAUUCCAUCGAUGAAUGAAUUCAAACAAAAUUUUAGUUUUUGAGAACAUUCUUCCUACUUAACAAAUAUGGUGAAUAACCUGUUCUGGAGAAUAAAGAAGCCCGCGACAAUUACGCAGAAUGUGAAUGGAUGGAAUAGCUUUCUAAGCUUUGUCGGAGUUGACUGUUGGGGUGAAAUGGGCAGAUGCAAAAUAAAUUACAGGGAAUUUUCUCAUUUCA